AAAGACUAGCCUUAGUUUUUUGGACUUUCUAUUUUCUUCCUUUUACUUUUCAUUUAUUAAAUGUAGUAUUUGUUUCAUUCAAGAUACCCUAUGGAACACACAGUGAUAAUGUGAGCAGCCACGAAAUGUGUUAUUUAACUUUAGAGCCCAGGAAUCCUGCUCCUCCACAUGCUUGCCUCUAACACUUAUGGUACCUAGGUUAGGAGUACAAGUGGAAAUCAGCUUUUAAAAUGUCUUAAUAUUGAAUAGUUACAAAUCAAUGGAUGCCAAUAGCCUGACCUGUCCUCCUACCCAGGGUCCAGCUGGCUCUUAAAGGAACCCACUCUCCCUGGACCAGGUAGGGUAGAAGUUAGGUUGGGGUAGGUCUGGAAUCUGGUAUGAGGACUGAUGUGAAAUUCCCCAGAGAGCCAGGGAAAACAGGUUUCUGUCGCCUACAAUUUAUUUUUCUAACUCAAGAUUUUUCAGGCAAUUCCAAAUAUCUUCUUAAACUACACAGAUUGAGGAGGAGGAAGGAAUCCAGGUAUACAGGGAGCCCAGUCUGCCUGGAUACUUCCUUUGGGAUAGCUGGGGUGACUAACCUUAAUCAAAAGUGGAUAUUUUUGCUCUGGUUUUUCCAGCACAGAGGCUGAUUUGCCUUCUUCCUUCUCCUCUUAUUGUCUGGCCUGAGGGGACCAAGUUUAGUUUGUGAGUCCCUCUCUCUUAAUUUGUGUUCAUUCAAUUAGUUUCUGAUUACUUUUGGAUUUUGAUAUUUUUGAUAGGUGCAGUUUUUAAAGUGUGAGGCUCAGGGCAGAGCCCCUUCUUCUGGUUGAAAGAGCAGGAGAGCAUCUAUCUGUGUGCUCUUAUCUCAUCCCUCCCUGCUUCAUGCUCUUUCUCAGUUCUAAGGUUUUGAUUUUUCAUAUCUGUCAUUUGGAGUCAUUUUCUUUUUGUCUGCUAUAUCCUGAGAAUUUUCUACAGCGAGGAGAGGGUCUUUUGGUCAUAAAUUAUGCUUUUGUUUGCCAGAAGAUUUCCUUUUUUUUUUUUAAUCUGCCCUAAUUUUGAAAGAUGGUCUUACAGAGGAUAGAAGUCUAAGUUGACAGAUUUUUUUCUCUUAAUGUCUUUUUUUUUCCUUCUUGAGACAGGGUCUCUCUGUCACUCAGGCUGGAGUGCAGUGGCACAAUCAUAGCUCACUGCAACCUUGACCACCUGGGCUUAAGCAAUGCUUCUGCCUCAGUAGCUUGGGACUAUAGGUGCAUGCCACUACGCUUGGCUAAUCUUUAAGUUUUUAUUUUUUUAUAGUAGUAUAGUCUUGCUUUGUUGCCCAGGCUAGUCUUGAAUGCCUGACCUCAAGCGAUUCGCUUUGACUUGGCCUUCCACAAUGCUGGUAUUACAGGCAUGAGCCGCUAUUUCUUCUCCCUCUCUUUUUUUUUUAGAUUUUAAAAUUAAAUUUAAAUUCUUUUUUUAUUAUAUGAAUACACAUGACCUUUGCAAUCUGAACCGUUUUGAAGUGCACAGUUCAGUGGUAUUAAGUGUAUUCAUAUUGUAAUGCAGCUAUCACUAUUCAUCUUCAGAACACUUUGUCUUGCAAAAUUGAAACUUAGUAUACAUUAAAAAAUAACUUCCCAUUUCCCGUCACCCCUUGCUCCUGUACCACUUGCUGUCUCUGUGAUUUUGACUACUCUGUGUACCACAUAUAAGUGAAAUCAUGCAGUAUUUGUCUUUUUAUGUUUGGCUUAUGUUAUUCAGCAUAAUGUCUUCAAGGUUCAUCCAUGUUGCGGCAUAUGUCUGAAUUUCCUUCUUAAGACUGGAUAAUAUUUUAUUGUUAGUGUAUGUUACAUUUUACCUACCCAUUUAUCAGACACUGGGCUGUUUUCCCUUUUGAGCUAUUGUGAAUGAUGUUGCUGUGAACAUGGGUAUACAAAUAUCUCUUCAAGACUCUGCUUUCCGGCUGGAUACAGUGGCUUAUGCCUAUAAUCCUAGCACUUUGGGAGACCGAGGCAGGCGGAUCACUUGAGGUCAGGAGUUUGAGACCAGCCUGGCCAACAUGGCGAAACCCUGGCUCUACUAAAAAUAUAAAAAAUUAGCUAGCAUGGUGAUUAGCUACAUGAGAGGCUGAGGCUUGAGAAUUGCUUGAACCCAGGAAGCAGAGGUUGCAGCGAGCUGCGAUCAUGCCACUGCACUGUAGCCUGGGUGUCAGAGGAAGACUCUGCCUCCAAAAAAUAAAUAAAAAAAUAGUAAAUAACCAUUUUCUGUUAUUUUGGGUACAUAACCAGAAGUGGAACUUCUGGAUAAUACGGUAAAUCUAUUUUCAAUUUUCUGAGGAACUUUCGUAGUGUUUUCUGUAGUGGCUGCACCAUUUAAAAUUCCAGCAAUGGGAGAACCAUCCCAGCAACCCCACCACGGCUGGUCUUCCCUGGACAGCAUGAACCACACUGUCCAAACCUUCUUCACACCCACCAACACCGACCGUCCACCCAACUAUGAGAUGCGGAAGGAGGAGCAUGAGAUGGAUGUGCUGGGGGCACCCCACAACCCUGCUCCCCCGACAUCCACCAUGAUCCACAUCUGCAGCAAGACCUCUGUGCCCGACCAUGUCGUCUGGUCCCUGUUCAACACCCUCUUCAUGAACUGCUGCUGCCUGGGCUUUAUAGCAUUCACCUACUCCAUGAAGUCUAGGGACAGGAAGAUGGUUGGUGACUUGACUGGGGCCCAGGCCUAUGCCUCCACCACCAAGUGCCUGAACAUCUGGGCCCUGAUCGUGGGCAUCAUCAGGACCAUUCUGCUGAUCAUCAUCCCAGUACUGAUUUUGCAAGCCUAUCAAUAGAUCAAAAGGAAUCAUCCAGGCCAGGGGCUCUGCCCAUGACCUGUCUCCCAUGUACUCCACCUUGCAUUCUUCGCCCUGCCCCUGAGCUGAGACUGGUAUCAGCCCUUUAUCCUCACACACUUGUCUACUCCUGGUGAAAAAAAAAAAUUCCCACCAAUGGUGUACAAGAGUUCCAGUUUUCCCACAUCCUUACCAACGUUUGUUAUUUUGUUUUUUUUAUAGUAGCCAUUUUAAUGGGUGUGUGGGUAAUCAUUUUUAUUAGUGUUUGAUUUAUCCUUUAUAUUUUCAAAAAGAGUGUAUACAUUCAUAUGUAUAUAUAUGUGUUUUUCUUUCUUGAGCCUGAAGAUAAUAUAUUUUAGUAUCUUGGGAGGUUUUUUUUUUUCACUUAGCAGUAUAUCCUAGAGUGUUCGAGAUCUUCGUUUCUUUUUGUAGCUGCAUAGUAUUUCCUAUUGAUCUUUGUUUUGAAACUCUAGCAAGUAAGAUAGAGUAAAGCUUUCCUUAUCUGCCAGUUGUGCUUCUAAGAGGAAUGUGGCCAAAAACCUGAAAGUAAAUGAAAAAUGCCUAUGAUCAUACACAACAGAUAGUCCACACACUGAAAGUAUAUUCACUGUACUUGAAGAAUUCUCGAGUUCCUUAUUCAGAACUGUGAUAGUACAUUUCCUGUAAGCCUACCAAAUAAGAAUUGACAGCUAAUAGCCUGUUGGGGAAGAGGAGAAAAUAAUUAAGAAUUAAGCUUUUGUGUUCUACUUAAUCAUUAGGAAGUAAAGAACUAAAAAAUUUUUAACACUUUUGUCUGGGCCCAUUUAUUUUAGGAUAACUAUCUUUUGUAUUUUCAUAACUUCUGAGGCAUAAUUAAAUUAUAGUAUCAUACAGAAGUUGUUCAUAGUGAUAACCUGAAGUUAUCAAGAAACAAGUAAGUUUCUUUAGUAGAUUCUGUUUCAGAGGUCAAGAAAAUGUGUUCAGAGAUUUUCAUACAGAACAAUAAAACCAAAAAGAAUCUGUGCUUAGCAGGACAAAUUUUGGUUAUCAGUUUACGUAGAACACCUCAUUUCCCAAUAAUGUUCAUUUAUUUAUGCUUUUUUUAAAAAAUCAUGCUGUCAGUCAUUCAUUUAUUCACAACAUAUUUAUGUGCCAGGCACCAUCCUAGACAGUGAGAAUAGAGUAGUGAACAAAACCUAGUCCUUCAAAAACUUACUGUCUAAUGGGAAGACAGAGUAAACACAUUAAGUUUAUGAUUUAAAAUAUAAUUGUGGUAAGUGUUAGAAAAGAGUACACAUUGGUUUGAGUAUAUAAGAGUCCUGGCCAAGUCUGGGGGUUGAAGAAACCUUAGCUAGCCUUAGUGAGUUACAUUUAAGUUGGAAUUCGAAAGAUCAUUAGGCUUUGGCUGGGCUAAGAGGAAUAUUCUUUUAGGAUGCUUUUGGUAGCAAGUAGAGUUGGCUUCAGGUAAGAGUUGAUCCAGUGGCUCAACAAUGUCAUCAAGAAUUUGAUUGCUUUUCCUCCACUUACUCUGUCUUCUGUCUUGUUGCCAGUAUUUUAAGGCUUGUUGUCUUUAUGAUCCCUAGAUAGUUAGCAGUAGUUGCCAAAGGUGUAUAGUCCCUAACAUAUGGCCAGUAGGAGAGUCUUUUCUCUAACAUUCCAUUAAAAGAUCUGAGAUCCUCUCAGUUUUGAUCACCUUAGGUCACAUGCUAACCUCUGGAUCACUUGUGGCUAGGAGAGUAGAUUGGCUUAGGCAAGGUCAUGUGCUGCACCCUGGAGUUAGGGACUAAAUGUGCUUAUCUAGAACCACAAGGGACCCCCCCCAAAAUGGAAUUGUUAGGAAAGGAGGAUGUAGAGAAUGAAUGCUAGAGAAGAAGCCAAUAAAUGCAUUACAGAGGGGCAGACUAUACCCCACAGAGAAGAAAGAAUUCUGUAUAAAUGUCCAGAGUUAGGAUGGAGCUUGGUGCUUAUGGGGAACUGAAUGAAAGUCAGUGGUACUGGAGCAUGGCAAAGCAGGAAAAGAAUAGUACGAGAUGAGACUGGAGGCCAGGUUAUAUAUUAGAUCUAGAUAGUACCAGAUUCCCAAAGUGGUGCUACCAGUUUCGUUUCCUGUUAGUAGUGUAUGGGAGGAGUUGCCUCAGAUCACCAGUACAUGGUAUAAUCAUUUAUUUAUUAAAAAAAUUUUUUUAAGUAAUUUUGAUGACUGAUUCUUAGUACUUUUUCAUUUUAUUAUUGGCCAUUUAGAUAUCAUUUGUGAAGUGCCUUCUCAAGUUUCCUGCUCAUUUUACUAUUGACCCAGUAGACUUCUUUUUUGAGUCAGUGUCUGACUUUG